UUUCAAGUGCCAAAAGUAUUACGAAAAGAUACAGUAUUGGUAAAGAUUGAAGCAGCAGGGAUCAAUCCAGUCGAUUGGAAAGCGAUGAAAAUGUUCCCUUCUUUAUGGGGUAAGAAAGUUGCAGCAAAAGAUUAUUCCGGUACGAUUGUUAAAGCACAUGAAUCUGUCACUCGGUUCAAAGUGGGCGAUAAAGUGUAUGGUCAAAUUGAAUUUACGGAAAAGAUCAAAAGCGGAGCAGGUACAUUGGUGCAAUAUGCUAUUUGUCCUGUUGAAACGAUUGCCAAACGACCAACUCAGUUAUCAGCAAUCGAUCUUGCAGGAAUCACAACUGUAGCACAAACUGCGUUUUCUAUGAUCGAAACAGCAGAUAGCCUUUUCCAAAACAAAAACAAGAAUCCUCGCGUGUUAGUCUGCGGUGGCAGUUCAACAGUUGGAUUGAUGGCAAUCCCAAUAUUGAAACAUAAAGGUGCUUUCGUUGCUUCUACAUGCAGUAAAACGAAGUUUGAUGUUGUGUCAAAAAGAGGUGCUGAUGAGACAUUUGACUAUCGAAGUAAAGACUUCCAAAAGAAUCUCAAGGACGCAACAGAAAAGGACGGAAAGUUCGAUCUAAUUAUUGACUGUGUCAACUCUCAUGACGUCUGGCUCAUCAGUCCAAAGAUUUUACAGAAAGGUGCAUCAUACGUCAAUGUUGGAUUCGAUGCAAGUCAAGGCACAUUAACCGCAAUUAGGAGAAAUUUGUCUUACUCUUUGUUGCCUACUUGGCUUGGAGGAGUGCCUACAAAAUAUGUCCGACCGGCAGGCGUUGGAACGAGAAAGACGAUGGACACUCUGGAAGAUUUGGUAAACAAAGGAGUAGUUACACCAAUCAACGAUUCCGUAUUUGAAUGGGAGCAGGUCAAAGAAGCAUUUGCACGAUUACAAACGAAUCAAACAAUUGGAAAAGUUGUGAUUAAAGUACCUUGAUGUAAUUAGUUAGCUUGCUCAGUUUCGCGUGCAGAUGCAAUAAGGAUUAUUUCUUGGAAGUCC